GCGCUAGGCGUUCACAACCAGCCCCACCCAAAGUGUAAGGAGAGAAGCAGCAAUGAAGCAGCUACCAGCACUGGUUUUCCUCCUACUGGCAGUAGCGGCUAUGUCUCAGAAUAGCACAAACGACACUGAUACAGAAGAAAUGUUAAGCGUAUCGUCUUCUUUAGACUUUGAGAUGUUAACGUCAAUGCUGCCAGAAUCUAUUGAGCCAACAUCUAUGAUAAACAUGUCAUCUUCAGUAGCAGAUCUAGAUCAAACAGAUACUCCUCAAAAUGUCACUCAAAUCGACCAGUCCAGUUCUAUUGCGUACAGCUCAGAUAUAAUGUCAAUGGCAAUUACAGAUACGACACCCAAGACCUCAUCGGCCAUCCAAUCAUUACCUCCAUCUGAUCCAAGCAUGCCUCCAUCACAAAGCAUGUAUCUUUCUCAAAACAUGUAUUCUUCUCAAGGAAUGUCUUCUUUAGAAACCAUGUACGUGUCUCCUUCUCAAGGCAUGCCUCCUUCACAAAGCUCUAUUAGCUCUAUCAAUACAUCAUCAGUGUCUUCACUACUAAGUACCAUUCCAGCAGCAGCAACCAGUACUCCAACAUUAACACCAUCACCUACUGAAUCUUUGACCUCAUCUUCCAUGUACUUACCCACAAGUGAUGACAUAUUCGACUUUUUUUCAAGUAGCGAUGAUGGUGCUGUGAUCCCAACACCAUCCUCAGCACAUUCUACAACUUCAAAAGUAGUUUCACAAUCCUCUUCUAGCUCUCUCUCGGUAACAUCUGCUACAAUAAAUUCCACACAAUCAGUUACGCUAUCUUCUUCUUCGGUGUCUAGCUCUCUUUCAGUGACAUCUGCUACAAUAAUGUCUACACAAUCGUCAGUCUCUUCAGAGUCAUUGGGUGUUUCUCCACCUAUACCAACCUCAACUCCAACAGAGUCUAGUACAGGAAUACCAGUUGUUGUAUGGGCCCCUGUUGGAGCUGGGCUAGGACUGCUAGUCAUUGCACUAGUUGCUUGCAUGGUUAUUGUGGGUCUGGUUGUUCUUCUUAGAAGGAGAAAGAGAACAAAAGACAAGAAGAAGCCUCGGAAUUACUGGGAGAGUAUUCAUACGAACCGUCACCUUGGGUCUGCUGCCAAUGUAACAAUGGGACACAUAGCACCACUACCACGCCCUAACCAAGUCUCACGCACCAGCUUAGUAUCAAGAGGACACUAUCAACUUGACCAUCUAUCAAAGCCAAUGUCUGUAACAGAGCUAGAGCAUUGCCUUCGUUAUUAUGGAAGUUUACAUGACCAAUACAUGUCCAUUCCUGCUAAUAUGACAAGCAUGAAUGAGAUACCUAGUGGAGCCCAGGAAAAGAACCGCUACUGUGACGUGCUACCAAACCCAAACAGUCGCGUUGUGCUCUUCCUCAAAUUUGGUAUAGCUAACUCGGACUAUAUCAAUGCAAAUUUCAUAAGAGGAUACAGAGGACAGUCUAAAGCCUACAUUGCAACCCAGGGCCCACUCCCCUUCACAAUUGCUGACUUUUGGAGGAUGGUAUGGGAACAAAGAACAACUGUUAUCAUCAUGACAACCGGUCUUGUUGAAAGAAACAUGGCAAAAUGCAAUCAGUACUGGCCUGAUACUCAUGGAUAUGGCGUGACUGAGACUUAUGGUGACAUUCAAGUGACAGUGAGAAAGAAAGUCAAUCAUAACGACUACACAUUGACUACAUUCCUAGUCCAACAUUUAGAGCGUCACGUAACGCGUGAAGUGAUACACUACUGGUAUACUAAUUGGCCUGAUAUGGGUGUGCCUGAUAAUCCUUCAUCUGUGGUUGAUUUCUUACUGGAGACAAGGAGAAGCAGGGAGUCUUUUACAAUGCCUGGACCAGCAGUAGUACACUGCAGUGCUGGUAUCGGUCGGACAGGAGUGUUCAUAGGAGCCGACAUUGGUAUGAGGGAGCUGGAAGAAACCCAAAUGAUUGAUGUGCUUAGAAUCGUUGCCAACAUGAGGCAAGACAGAGGCGGGAUGGUCCAAACUAAAGACCAGUAUGUGUUCCUGCACAAGAUUCUCUAUGAGUAUGCAAAGAGGAUCGGUUAUGUUGUACCAAGGAUACAUGGAAUGAAUGACUUUGAAGAGGAAAGAUAUUCAGAGAAUGAUUUGGACGAUCAUAUUGAAACAACAACCACGUUUGUUUGAGAGAAGACAUGCUCUACUAACUUAACUUAUAUUCUUCUUUUUUGUUGUAACAUACAAGUAGUGUCCAGCCACGUUUUGUAUAGGCUUUAUAAUUCUUCCAAUACGUGUAUUAUUUUAUAUUAUUUUUAUAUUUAAGUGUUAUAUUUUAACCAAUGAA